AUGAAUCGGCAGGAAUGGUCCUUCACUCUCGCUUGUUGGUUGGUGCAUCGCCGUGAUAUCACCGGCAUGUCUCAAGACAUUGAGAGGGCUAUAUCUAUCCUCUUCUCUAUCAAAGACGUCAGUGACAAGAUGCAGAAUCGGCGCCUCGAAGUCCUCGGCGUCUGUUUUUCCGCACGUUCUAGAGAUGCAGGCGGUGAUAUCGGCACCCUGCACGUCGCCCUGGCGUUCUUCGAGCGAGCAGUUGCUACAGCUCCCGAUAGCAACCCCGAUGAACUGCGGCGCGUGACAACGAACUUGUGCGCCUGUCUAGCUCGACGCUUUCAGGUCUUGGGCGAUGGAGCGGACUUGCAACGUGCCAUCAUGACAAUGGAUCAACUGGCCGCGGUUACCUCCAACGACGACUAUCAGCUCAUUGAGUCGCUCAGAAUAUCCAGCACCCUCUACAUGCUUGGUUUUCGGACCUUCGAGCGACUAUCUGAUCUCGAGAAUAUCAUGGUUAAUUGGAGGGUAGCCAGGGAAAUCGUAUCGAGGGACCGACAGGUCGCUGUUCAUGACUCGUUCCUAUCGCAAACGGCUAUUUUCUGUGCUUCAUUGGCACUUCGCUUCGACUACUGUAGGGACGUGAGGGACGUGAAAUACCUAAAUGAAGCCAUAAAUACCCUAAAAAGGGCGGCUGAGCUUACGCCCGACAAGCAUCCUCGGAAACUCGAUAUAUUGACACAGCUCGGCAACUGUCUCAAUAUGCGUUAUGGCGUAUGGCGGACUCGUGGACUCGACGCUCCCAAAGGAUCUCCGCGUUCGCCUAUGCCGGUUUCUGUUCCGCACGGCGCUCAAAAGCACGUCCCUGAGUUUUUGACAGGGUUCGUCGGCGCCUCUUCCGAUAUCGAAGACGCGUUGCUAGCUCAUAAGGCUGCAGCUGCAUUGAUACCUUUCCCUGCUGAUGAGAGGUAUCCUAUCAUCCUCCAUAACCUGGCUGUUUGCUACGAGUCUCGAUAUGUAUGGACUGGAGAGUUAUCCGACUUAGAGGACGCUAUUUCAACUCUCCGGCAUGCUCUUGAUCUCCCGGACACACGUGAGGCUGUAAAUAGGGCGCAGGAUCUGACCGGCAUCGGGAUCCUGAUGGUUCGUCGCUUUCGUGCAAGAGGAAGUAUUGCAGAUCUUGAUGAAGCGAUCGCUCUUCAAAGGGCCGCUGCCGAGGUCGUGAGCGAUAGCUUUCACUCGACCCCAAUCGUAAUUGUGCAUUUUCAUCUUAGCAUCAGUCUUAAGAUCCGCUUCGCUCAACAUAGGAACCUUGAAGACUUUGACGAGAUUCUCCGCUGUCAAUUACUUAUAACGCAGAAGGAGAUCGGAUCCCAUCCAGCCGUGCGACUGCAGCUUGCCCAAGGAUUCGUACAGUGGCUCUCGGAGAACCAUGAUCUGCUUGCCAAGUGUUCUACCUUUCUCCAUGAUAAUCCAGGUGGUCUUAGCACAUCAGACUACGUCCUGAUCUCCCACUCACGCCUGAUGCAUCUCCUCCCAGAGUACGUCUGGAUAGGUCUUAGUCUUCGAGCACGUUACGGAGUUUCGAGAAAGAUAGGAAAACUUGUCACUUCUGCGGUAUCUUUUGCUAUCAAUCACGGGUAUAUACAGCAUGCUUUAGACUGGUCAGAGUCGGGAAGGGCUCUGAUUUGGUCGCAGGUCUUAUCCUUACGAACUCCUGUCGACGAACUUGCUCGCCUCCACCCUGUCCUCGCUAAAUCUCUAUGCGACAUCAGAGAUCAGUUGCAGCAGUUUCAGCAGGAAGACAUUCUCGGUUUGCACUCAUGGAACACCAGCGCUGUCUCUGGUAUGAACGACCUUUCAACUAGUAACGGCAGAGAGCAUUACCGACGAUUGGUUCUCCGUUACGAGGAAUGCAUAUACCAAAUCCGAACAAUGAAGGGUUUUGAGCGAUUCUUAUCCCCAAAACCAUUCUCCGAUACAUGGAGAUCUCUAAAGCAAACCCAACUGACUGGCCUCGUCAUAAUACUGAACGUCGGCACACCCCAGUGCAAUGCUCUGGUUUUCGAAUUUUCGCCCGGCAAAUGCAACGGUCACUUACGCCGGAUACCCCUUACAAAGCUCACAGAGGAACGAGCACACACGUUAUGUUCGAUCUACGAGAACAGUUUGAAGGCUUACAGAGCGUCUGUUCGUGCUACAGCACCUUACGAUCAGUUGAGGGGAAGUUCCCACAUGAUCAUCCGCCUCCUUGAGCGCAUUUGGACUUGGAUUGUGGAACCCAUCCUCAGUGCCAUGGAUCUUAUGUCAGAAGCUCCAUUGAACGGACGAUUGCCGCACGUAACCUGGUGUCCGACCGGGCCACUCACUCAACUGCCUUUGCAUGCUGCGGGAAUCUACGAUGGAUCUCAGCAAGCGACCCGUUGCGUGCACGACUUCGUGGUGUCAUCAUACACACCCUCGAUAUCUGCUUUGCUAUCGUGCCACCAGCCAAUUGUCGAGGGCUGUGCUUCACCAAGCAUCCUCAUCUUAACACAACCGGAGACGCCGGGACAGGACCCUCUUCCAGGGACCAUGGACGAAGGAAUACGUAUCCGCGAAGUCUUGGCUGAGCACCCGUAUACGACCCUUGAGCACGAACAAGCCACCGUCGCGACCACUCUCGCCGUCCUAGAUCAGCAUCCUUGGGUACACUUCGCAUGCCACGCGUCGCAGAACGUGAUCAACCCUACGAGAAGCGCGUUCGAAUUAUUUGAUGGCCCGUUGACCUUGUCAGCGCUCAUGGGCAAGACUUCGAAAAACGUUGAGCUCGCGUUUCUUUCGGCAUGUCAGACGGCCACGGGCGACAAGAACAUCCCCGAGGAGUCCGCUCAUCUCGCGGCGGGAAUGCUUUCGGUCGGAUUCAAGGGCGUCGUCGCGACGAUGUGGUCUAUUAAAGAUGAAGACGGACCGGUCGUGGUCGAGGCGUACUAUAAGGAGCUCAUUGCAUUGCGGAAGGCGAACGUUGAUGGUAGGGGAGGAACUGGUGCGGCUUAUGCCCUCCAUGCAGCGGUGAAGUGUCUGCGGGAUAAGAUUGGCGAGGACAGCUUCGAGCGUUGGGUUCCGUAUGUACACUUCGGCGCGUAG